AUGGAAUUCACGGAAGGAAACUACACAUUGGUGACUGAGUUUAUCUUAUUGGGGUUUCCAACACGCCCCGAGCUGCAGAUUAUUCUCUUCCUUGUAUUCCUGACACUCUACAGUAUGAUUUUAACAGGGAAUAUUGGACUGAUGCUGUUAAUUAGGUUCGAUCCCCGCCUUCAAACUCCCAUGUACUUUUUCCUUAGCAAUCUGUCUUUCGUCGACCUCUGCUACUCUUCGGUCAUCGUUCCCAAAAUGCUGAUGAAUUUCGUCUCCGAGAAGAAAUCUAUUUCCUAUUACGGCUGUGCCCUGCAGUUUUAUUUUUUCUGUACUUUUGCAGAUACCGAAUCGUUUAUCCUGGCUGCCAUGGCGUAUGACCGUUAUGCCGCCAUCUGUAACCCUUUACUGUACACGGCUGUGAUGUCUAGGGGUAUCUGUGUGGGGCUGAUUGUGCUGUCCUAUUUCGGAGGCAACAUGAGUUCCCUGGUUCACACAUCCUUUGCAUUCAUUCUGAAAUACUGUGAUAAAAAUGUCAUUAAUCACUUUUUCUGUGACCUCCCUCCCCUGCUCAAGCUCUCCUGCACAGACACCUCAGUGAAUGAGUGGCUUCUCUCCACGUACGGUAGCUCCGUGGAAGUGAUCUGUUUCAUCAUCAUCGUUGUCUCUUACUUUUUCAUACUUGGCUCCGUCUUAAAGAUCCGUUCUUCCAGCGGGAGGAAGAAAACCUUCUCGACCUGUGCCUCUCACCUGACGUCCGUCGCCAUUUAUCAGGGCACCCUUCUCUUCAUCUACUCCCGACCCAGCUCUCUGUACUCUCCCAACACGGAUAAAAUUGUCUCAGUGUUCUACACCAUCAUCAUCCCAGUGCUAAACCCCUUGAUUUAUAGUCUGAGGAACAAGGAUGUCAAAGAGGCUGCUAAGAAAGUCCUUAGGUCCAAGAUAGCUUCCUCAUGA